GACCGACCCUGACCCCCGGGGGAAGGAAUCGGUGGAUUUGUCUGUGGUGGCCUUUGAGGCUGGCGGCUUGGCAGUGGUUGGGAUUGGGGAGGACUCGGGGUUGGUGCCUGGCCCCGCUGCCCCAAGGCAGGGACAGCGGGGUGAUCAAGUGACCUGGCUGCACCCCUACUCCCCAAAUAGCCUUCACAGGAUCUGUCAAUGUCUGCAUUAACUGCUGCUUUUCCAAGAAUGUUGGCUUCAAGAGCUCUGAGAUUGAUCACCAAGCGUGGAAUUUCUUCUACUGUUUGUAUCCGAGCCCAUGGACAUGGUGUAGCAAAGGUUGGAGACUAUUCGCUUUCACCUUACUUCGAUCGUAAGGAUGAGCCACUUACUGCUGUUGACUUUGUGGAUCAGCUGUCUGGAGAGCAAAAAUCCUUGAAGGAGAAGGAGAAGAGUUCAUGGGUUUCUCUUUCCACUGAUGAGAAGUUGAAGUUAUAUCGCAUACGCUUUCACCAGAGCUUUGCGGAAAUGAACAAGGGUUCAAAUGAAUGGAAAACCGUUCUUGGUGGAACAUUGAUUGUGGUAGGUUUUGCUGGACUGUAUUUCGCCUGGCAGAGACGAUUCGUGUAUGGGGACGUUCCUCACACUUUCUCCAAUGAAUGGAAGGCUCAGCAGACCAAGAGAAUGUUGGACAUGAGAAUAAACCCAAUUCAAGGCUUUGCUUCACAAUGGGAUUAUGAAAACAACAAAUGGAAGAAAUGAAUAUGCACUGGAAAUCUUUACCUAUCCUUGUUUAAUGUUUCAAAUGUAAGCUUGUGUGUUCAGGAAGUUCACUUAACAGUUUGGAGUUAAACUAUAAAAAAUUGAUAAUAAACUUGACUGGUUCACAUGA